UCGAUUCUCCGCGUUCCCUAGUUGCAGACAUGGCUGCCGCGACGCCUCUCUCCCCUGAGGACUUGCUCCUGCCCAAGGGAGGCACGGGCAAGGCCGAAGAGCUGGAAGAAGAGAUGACGGAGGAGGACGAUGACGAGGAGCUGGAUGAGACAUUGGCAGAGAGGCUUUGGGGUUUGACAGAGAUGUUCCCCGAGGGCGUCCGAACUGCAGCCGGAGCGACCUUCGACUUGUCUUGUUCUGUUGUCCAGAAAAUGUACAGGUUCUCCAGGGCAGCUUUGUGGAUUGGGACCACCUCCUUCAUGAUCCUAGUUCUUCCUGUUGUUUUUGAAACGGAAAAACUUCAGAUGGAGCAGCAGCAGCAACUGCAGCAACGGCAGAUUUUAUUAGGACCCAACACAGGGCUGUCCGGAGGCAUGCCAGGAGCCCUGCCUUCUCUUCCUGGAAAGAUUUAGAGAAAAUUACAUUGGAGCCAUAUCAUGAAAGGAAAUCUUGAAAUUGUUGGAACUUUUGAUUGGUUAGGCUGGAGCAUUUCCCCCCCAUAAGCAUUGGAACAUCAGCCUAUUCAUGGUGGAGGCAGGAUCCCUUUCUGGAUCUCCUGAAAUGGGCUAUCUGCCUUCCCCCUUAGGCAGUCUUGACUUUUUCCAUCCACUGAAUCCAUGUUCUAAGCAACUGCAAAGACUUUAAUAGCUUAUGUUCUGGUAUCCUUAUCUCCAGGAAGCCACCUCAGGAUAUGUCACAUUCUGGUUAACUUCAGCCAGAAAUAGUGUCCAUGUAAAUAUUCCUGUAUUCCUCUCCUGCUGUAUUGAAGACCUACUUCAGCACAGUAACAGCAAGAAAUUGAGUGAAUAUUCCAGCACAUACAGCGAAUGGAAGAAUCUAGUAUGUACAUUAGACUGUAUAUGCAGUGGGCUCCUACUUGAAAGAAAUUACAUGCCCUGUAAAUGUAUUUAAAAAAUAUGGGGAAGCGGGAAAAGUCAUUUUUGCCAAGUCUCUCUGCUGAAUCUAUUAGUAUCAAAGUCAGCUAAAGUACUUUUGUAUUAAAUAGUUUCAGUGCAAACACUGGAGUGUUUUCUUUUAAAAUUUCAUGUACUGUUUGCUUCUUUAGGUUGGAUAAUA